GUGUGUGUUUAAUUUUCCCGGCUGCUUCCACUUCCGCUCCGUGAUUUCCUGCUCGCUCCGCUUUUCUCGCUCCGGAGCAGCAGCUCGUCACUCGGACUUCUGGUUCCGCUCCUGAACAUGACUCUCUACACGUAGCUGCCGCGGCAGAAGCCUCGCUUUACUCGACGCUCGGGCGGAGACAGAAGGGCAGAGACGGUGUUCCGGUGCCUGGGUGUCGGUGUGUGAGUCGGCGAUGCCCCGCUGCGGCUGGCCGGAGCCGCUGUCCCCGGCGCAGCUCAAGCGCCUGGAGGAGCACAAGUACAGCGCCGCGGGUCGCUCCUUACUGGAGCCGCCGUGUCAGAUCUACUGGAACUGGCUAGUGCAGCAGAUCCCGACCUGGCUCGCGCCGAACACGCUGACCAUCACGGGACUCAUCAUCAACGUCUUCACGACCAUCAUCCUGGUGUGUUACUGCCCCACUGCCACAGAGGAGGCUCCGUCGUGGGCGUUUUUUCUCAGCGCUUUAGGUCUCUUUAUCUACCAGUCACUCGACGCUAUCGAUGGGAAACAAGCGCGGCGGACCAACAGCAGCUCGGCUCUGGGAGAACUCUUUGACCACGGCUGCGACGCGGUCUCUACAGUAUUCGUCGCCGUGGGAACAUGUAUAUGCGCUGGCAUCGGGAGUUACCCUAACUGGAUGUUUUUCUGCGGCUUCGUGGGCAUGUUCAUGUUCUUCUGCGCGCACUGGCAGACCUACGUGUCCGGGACUCUACGCUUUGGCAUUGUCGACGUGACUGAAGUCCAGAUCGCCAUUAUAAUCAUGUACCUGAUGUCCGCCUUCGGAGGAGUAAGCCUUUGGGAGACUACGUUGCCGGCGCUUGGGAUUAAAUUGCAAGUGUUCCCGAUCCUGGGCAUCAUCGGCGGAUUUCUGCUGUCGACCUACAACUACUUCUUGGUCAUCCUGAGCGGCGGCGUGGGCAAAAACGGCUCCACCGUGGCAGACACGAGCGUGCUGUCUCCUGGCCUGCACAUCGGCCUCAUCCUCACCCUGGCCUUCAUCAUCUUUAAGAAGUCCUCCAGCCAGCUGUUUGAGCAUCAUCCCUGUCUCUACAUCCUCACCUUCGGCACGGUCAUCGCCAAGAUUUCCAACAAACUGGUGGUUGCUCACAUGACCAGGAGCGAGCUUCACCUGAGUGACACAGCCUUCAUCGGCCCCAGCCUCCUCUUCCUCAAUCAGUACUUCAACAGCUUUAUUAAUGAAUAUAUUGUCCUGUGGAUUGCUUUGACGCUGUCUGCGGUGGACCUGACACGUUACUGCACAGGCGUAUGUCUGCAGAUCGCUUCCCACCUGCGCAUCCGGGUGUUCAGCAUCGCCCCACAAGGCCACACCCACAAAGACUGACAAUUUGCCCGGCGGGAGGAGGAGGAGGAGGCGGGGCUAAGCAAAGAUGCCACGCCCCUUCUCAGACCAGAGCAGGAGAACGAAACCCACAGCAGCCUUGACAGUGUGGAGACCACAGAUUAACUAAGUCACCUGAACUGAAACAGUUACACUCGGCCAGUUUUGUGUUCGCUAAAACCACUGGAUAAGAAUCGUACGUGAUACAGAAAACACACACCGGGUGCUGCCUUCCACCUGCCCGCAAACAGAGCAUCACCGAAUUCGAAUAACUCGCCAAAUCCGUUCCGGUCGUUCGGCUCGCGGAUACGAGAACAUCCGAAUCAACUUGGUCUGUGUGUUUUGUUUUUUUUCUUCAUACUUUAACGACGUGCCAAUGUAAACUCAGCGUUGUACACCAUUUGCAGUGUUUCCAUUUUGUAACCCGUGCUCUCGUAUUCUCUCCGGUGGACAACCUCUUACGUGUUUUCUAUCCAAACAGAGAAAUCACUAAGAAAACACUAGCAUUUCCAUCAAUUUCCCAAACAAAUUUGUCGUUUAAUUCGUAUCCCCCUUACGCUAAAACAAAUUCUUUAAAAAAAAAAAAAAAAAAACAAACAAAGAAAGAAAAGAAAAUUUGAAAUUGUCAUGUGAUUGUUCAGUGAUUUAUAGCGUCCGUAUUUAUUGUAUUAAUUUGACUGGAUUGGGUGUGAAAUGAAGUCAGGUCUUGGACGAAAGAGACGUAAUUGUCAGGGACUAUUUUGGGUAUACUGGGACCAGGAUCGUGUCUGUGCUAAAAACAGGACCUACAUCUCGGACGUCUGGCAGUUGGAUAGACGCGGACGAUAAGACUGCCCUGUUUGAUGACGCACUCCCACAACACUGCCUGCUUUGAAGAUCUCCUCCCAAAGGGCUAAUCGUACAAAUAAAUUUUAAGUGAUUUUGUGUAAUAAA